CUUUGACAUUGAAAUUGAAGACCUCUUUUACACCAUUGCGGAUAUACAACAUAAAGUCAGUCCGAAGAGCAAAGUUUUGGAGAUCGCGGACCGAGGUCGCCGUACUUCCUAGACCAAUAUAGCAGCGAUCCAGUCAGUAUUCCUCCGUUGUCAGAACCUCAGAGAAAGUUCCGUGUGUACCUCCGAAGUCAGAUACCGCAGCCAUGAAAAUCAACGAAUUCACCAGUUUAAUGACCCCGCGCAUCCUACUUGUCCCAUACAGCACCCACCACGUGCCCACAUACCAUGAGUGGAUGCAAGAUGAAGAGAUCCAAAAAGCCACAGCCUCCGAGCCCCUAACCCUAGAAGAAGAAUACUCCAUGCAGCGCUCCUGGCGCGAAGACGCCGACAAACUGACCUUCAUCGUCUGCACGCACUACGGAGAGCAGUACUACAACGACAUCAUCAGGUCUCCUCGGACACGUUCGAUUAUCCCUGGUCAGCAGGAUGCGCCGGAGUGGAUGAUUGGGGAUGUGAAUUUGUUUCUUUACGAUGAUGAGGAUGAGGGCGAGGAAGAUGGCGAAGGUGGUAACAGCAAGGGAGGAGAGAAAGAUGCACCGAAAAGCGUGAUCGGCGAACUUGAGAUAAUGAUUGCCCGCAAAGAUCAGCAAGGGAAGGGCAUGGCGCAGGAAACGCUGAGAGCGUUUAUGUCGUAUAUUCAGUCUCAGUUGGAUGGCAUGGGUGUUGAGUAUGCUGGGAGAAGAGGGAUUGCGCUGAAACAUGUACGGGUCAAAAUCGACAAGGACAAUUUGCGAAGCCUGAGGCUCUUUGAGCGUGUGGGGUUUGUUAGGACAAGUACGGAACCUAAUUACUUUGGGGAAGUGGAGCUUAGGACGCCGGUUGUGGAGGGGAGGUUGAGGGCUGUUGAGAGCAAGAUUGGGCUAGAGGGUUUUGGCAGGACCGUGAGGUAUGAGAUGGAAGGCUAUGGAGAACCAGAAACCAGUGCGUAUUGAUGCUUGUGCGACGACGGCUUUGAAGUGGCAAACAGCAGACAGAAGCGCGCGUCUACCCAAAAUGUGGGAGGUAAUUGUUG